AGGAAAAACUAAGACGGUACUGAUCGACUAUACAUUCACCUGUAAAUCUCUUCCCAGCCCACCGCCAAAAUCUCGAUUCUUCGGGCUCCCUUCCACCUGAGUCUCCGCAGACUCAACCGUGUGCUCUUUAGGAAGAAUAUCAGAGUCCCAAAAAAGAAAAAAACAGCUGAAUCACAGUCAAAGAAUCAUUUGGCUAAAAAUGAUGGGCAUUGCAGCAAAGGUUCGCGGAGCGGCGAGAAUCUGCCAGUCUUUCUCUCUGCUCCGACCACCAUCGGCACUAACUCCGGGACAGCCUCUGAGAUUUUUGUCGGAGAGCAACAACGCAAACAAGAACCCAGUUGUCCAGCAAAUGAUAGACUACGCACUUUCUGUUGGCCGUUCCCAAAAAUCAGAUGAAUCAAUUUCGCAGGGUCUGUUGGUAUUGGAGCAGUGCCACUCCACUCAAGCUGCAGAUGACGAUUCAAAAGGGAUGGUUCUUUUAGCCAUGUCUACCCUAUUAUAUGAAAGGGGAAACUUUGCUGAAGCCUUUGAGAAACUGCAGAGCAUCCAAGAUUUGAGCUCGUCUUCUAUUGCUAUUAGAGUUGCUGCUACAGAAGCUCUAGUAGGAAUCCAUCUCGAAUUGGAUGAGGAUGAUGCUUCAUCUGUGCUCACAAAUAUAUGGUAUAACCUCAUGGACGCUAUCAAAUUAGACAUUGGUGGUGGGAGUGGCUUUGAUGUUCUGGAAGCCCGUGCAAAGGCGUUAAAAGGACUUCUGGAGCUGGUCCGGGGUAAUCUUCAAACAGCAGCUCAGGAUGAUCUUCUAGUAGCUCAGGAUACUGAAGCUUGCACUGGCAAUGUUGCUCUGUCUUAUGGUGAAUAUCUUCAUGGCAUGCGGAAACUUCCUAUUGCAAAGGAAUUAUACCAGAAAGUGAUUCAGCAGUUGUCGGAGAGAGAUUUUAACGACCUGCAUAAUAUUGGG